CGUGGCGGCGGCACAACAACGGCAGCAGCAGCCACCAGCAGCAGCAGCAGCAGCAGCAGCAGCAAAAGUGGAGCAGCUUCCGCAGCAGAUCUAAUGCUUCUGCUCAUGAAGAAAACUCCUUCAGCUCUUUUAGCCAAACUUCAUUUGGGCCUUUGGGCCUCAGCAGAAAGUCUGCGCCAGUGCCCUACAAGUUGCUGCUGCAGCAGCAGCAGCAGCAGCAGCAGCAGCUGUUCCUGCAGCAAGCCAGGUGGCAGCAGCAGGAACGAGAAGACUCUUUUGCUGCUGCUGAAAAUAGCCUUCAGGGACUCACGAUGCAGCAGCUCGCGAGAAGGAGACAAACUGACAACGUGAAGCAGCAGCAGCUGCAGCAGCAGCAGCAGCAAAGGCAGCUGCAGCAGCAGCAGGACCUGCAGCAAAAGGUCAAGAAACAAAAGAAGAAAACUCAAGACUCGCAGGGCGACCCGCUGCAGCAGCAGGACCAACAGCCGGAGCAGCAGCAGCAGCAAAAGUCGAAGCACCGCAAGCAGCAGCAGCAGGACCAGCAGCAGGAAGAGCAGCAGCAAGAACACGAGCAGCAAAAGGAGCAGCGGCAAAAACAGAAGCAACACAAAAGCCAGCAGCAAGAGCUGCAGCAGGAGCAGCAGCAGCAGCAAAACCCAGAAGACCCGGAGGAGCAGCGCCGGCAGCGGCGCCACACAAAGAAGCUGCAGCAGCAGCACCAGCAGCAACAGCACCAGCAGCAGCAAGAGGCGCAGCAGCAACAGCAGGAGCAGCAACAACAGCGACAAGAUACGGGACAGACAACACAGCAGCAGCAGGAGGAGCAGCAGCAGGAGCAGCAGCAGGGACAACAACAAGAAGGUGAGCAAAUCAGCAGCACCGAAGAAGCAGCAGCAGCUGCUGCUGCUCCCAACAGCUCCGUGGCCGAGCCCAAAGAAGCAGCAGCGGCAGCAACUGCAGCAGCAACUGCAGCAGCAGCAGCAACAGAAAGCGCAGCAGCCACGGCAACAGCCGCAACAAGAACACCAGCAGCAGCAGAAGCACCGCCAGCACCAGAGGAGGCAGCGGCACCGGCAGCCGCUGCAGCAACAGCAGCAGCAGCAGCAGCGGCAGCAGCAGCAGAAGGAGCAACAGCACCAGCAGCAGAAGGAGCACCAGCAACAGGAGCGCCACCAGCACCAGCAGCAGAAGCGUCAGCAGCAGCAGCAACAGCGCCGGCAGCAGCAGCUGGAGAGGCGCCAGCAGCAGCAGCAACAGCAGCAGCAGCAGCAACAGCAGCAAAAGAUCUGCCGCCACAAGAUUCUGUUAUUCAAGCUUUAGCAGAAGCACAAGCAGAGCUGCAGUCGCUGCAGACAGAUAAGGCGCAUGCAGCUGCGUCCCCAGCAGCAGCAGCAGCAGCAACAGCAGCAGGAACAGAAAGAACAGCUGCAACAGCAGAAACAGCCGCACCGGCAACAGCGGCUGCAACAUCAGCAGCAGAAAAGACGGAAGCAGCAGCUGCUGCUGCUGCUUUAGAUGAAGCAGCAAAUGCCCAAACAAGAUGA